AUGAGCACCUUCGCGGACAUCCUCAAGGAGAUCGGCGAGUUCGGCUUGUUUCAAAAGCGCCUGGUGGCAGCCGUGUCCGUCCCCAACAUCUUCAUCGCCUUCGACGUCAUCAGUCAGGUCUUCACGGCGCUGGACUUCCCCAACUACUGCAACACUGACUGGAUCCUGCAGCGAUCGGACGCCAACCUGACCAGGGAGAGGCAAAAGGAGCUCACUAUCCCCGUGAGGCCAGAUGGAAGCUUCCAGAGCUGCCUCAUGUACACGCCGGUGGACUCCGACCUGGAGACCAUCGAGCUGUACGGGCUGAACUCAACCACGGGCUGCGUCAAUGGGUCCGAGUUAGAAGUGCCAAUUGGGGCAUCCAGCAUUAUUUCAGAGUUUAAUCUGCUUUGUGACAGGAGAACACUGACCGAGUUGUCUCAGUCUAUUUACAUGACUGGACUUCUGAUUGGCGCCGUCGUGUCGGGUUUCAUGGCUGACAGGUUUGGUCGCCGCUUUGUAGUCUUACUCGCCAUACUACUCCUUUUCUUAUUCGGCGUCAGUGCCGCAUUCUCCCCCAACGUCUACGUUUACAUUGCUCUCAACUUUAUGUGCGGCGUGUCCAUGGCAGGAAUCGUCACCAACAUUUCCGUAAUUGGUGGCGAGUGGUGCGAGUCGUCCAAGUUUGCCUUCUGCACCAUCAUCAGUCAAAGUUUUUACGCCAUCGGUCUCAUGCUGCUGUCCGGUCUUGCCUAUUUGAUCCGCGACUGGAGGGUCCUCCAACUGGCCCUCUACAGCCCUCUUGUUCUUGUCCUGCCCGUACUUUACUGGAUUCUCCCAGAAUCGGCCCGGUGGCUCAUCACUCAGGGCAGGAAGGAGGAGGCCGUGAAGGAGGUGUGCAGGGCAGCAAAAGUCAACGGGAGGGACGUGUCGCCAGAUCUGCUUGACAAGAUGAACGUGGAUGUGACGCCCAAUCGAGGGGGCGCGUUGGACAUCUUCAGAAUAUCAUAUCUGAGAAAACGAACGCUCAUCAUGGGCUACGUCUGGUUCGGGAUCAGCAUCAUGUACUACGGCCUGAGCCUGAACGUGGGCAACUUCGGACUGAACAUCUACCUGACGCAGUUCAUCUUUGGCCUGGUGGAGGUCCCCGCCCGUUUGAUUUCUUUGGCGCUCAUCGAGCGCUUUGGGAGGCGACGGAGUGAGGCCGCGCUGCUAAUGUUCGGAGGGGCCGCCUGCCUCGCAGUCAUCGUCGUGCCCAAAGAUCUUCCCGUCGUCGUGACGGUCAUAAGCAUACUUGGGAAAUUUGCAUCCGCUGCCUCCAUCAGCAUCGUGUAUGUUUACACAGGAGAACUGUACCCCACCACACUAAGGCAGAGCGGCAUCGGUCUGAACUCCAUGUGCGCUCGCCUGGGCGGCAUCCUGUCCCCCCUGAUAAGGCUCCUGGGCCUUUACCACGAAGCCAUGCCCAUGCUGGUGUACGGGCUCGUACCUGCCAGUGCCGUGGGCUUCUGCCUGCUGCUCCCCGAGACCCUCAACGUCGAACUUCAGGAACACGCCCAGCCGAGGACUGACAGUGGCUACAUAGAGGUUGGACAAAAAUGAAGCAAAAAGACAGCAUUGUGGCUGACAUGGACAAUUACAGGCGAUUGCUCUGCCGUCUUGGCAAAAAAAAAAAAAAAUUCAACACAUUUUGUUACACUCCUGAUUUUGUAAUUAUUUUAAAACUUUUUUUUUUUUUUUAAAGAGAAAUGUGUGGAUAUAAACAGAGCCACAGACAUGAAAAAAUGAAAAAUUUUAUUUGGUCCAGAGAGGCUUAAUUUAACUUACAAUUCUAGAGAGAAAGCACACUAGAUUUGCCAACUCACCUGUCUAAGAAUGAUAUAAUCAUGAUCAAUAUGUAUUUUGUACAUUUAUACCUAUAAACUGUCAUGGCCGCAAAUGAUUAUAUUUGGGAGCACAUCAUAGCAGCUUUGUGGGCACGAUAUUUUGGCCACUUUAUGUUUACAGCACUGAACAUAUAUUGUAUUUAUGUAUUUUAUACUUGCACUCCUGUUAGUAUUAACUCUUGAAUCACUUCUUUGAAAAUAAUCGGGUCUCUCCCCACCCGUCGCAUGUGAAAUUAAACAACCGAGAAAAUCUUUAUAUAUCUUCUUAUUUAUGAAAACGUAUCUAUCUACCGAGCGGGGUGAAGAUCCAGAGACACUUUCAAGCAAUACUCCUGCAUCUGCAAUGUGAUCAUACACAAAUUCAAAGAACUGGAUUAAACACCAUCCUUCAAGUUUUGUGUGCACAAGGGCUGCACCUGUUUUCAGCCUGUUGUGAAUCUUUCACUCCUGCAUGUUAUAUGUCAUGUAUAAUGUCAAUACAUAAUUUUAAUAAUUCAGAUUCUACAGUCUGUGUCUUUUUUUUUUUUGCUUUAACUCAGCUCUCUGCACUAAGGUUGACAUUGCAACUGAGAACCAGUUCUGAACCGGUUUACGUAGAUAAAUAAGGAUUUAGUUAAAUAAAUACAAAAAAGGGCAACAGGAAAUGGCGCCGUGAAAUUCUCCCAAGAAUCUGACCUUCCGAGGGUGUACAAGUUAAGUUUUUCUAUUGUCAAUAUUCACUUUGACAUCAUGGUUUAUAUUUUAAAAAUUCAUUCUAAAAAUUAAGUUGAAUUUUCAUUGCUGAGCACAAAAUGUUAUUUUUACAGUGUGACGCGACCUGCUAGCUAAUGAGUCAUGUUGAUAAAACUAGCUUGUAAAACCCAAUACGGUGAGAAUAAACCAGACCCUAAAAUGUUCCUAUAAAGACGUGAAAACAUUCCAAGUCAAGCCUCCUCGAAGUAUUUACCAUAACGACGUACA